AUGAGUGUUGCCCGACGGCCGACGGCUCGCAUUGGAGCUGAACUGAUACGAUGGUCGCUCCCAACAAAGUCUCAGGCGAGCUACAGCUCGUUGACGAAACCAUGGACCUGUGCACAAUGUCGAGGGAAGCAGGACAGCAAGAAGACUCGAGUGGAAUAUGAAUCUGGAUUGAGAAAGCACUUCUCGCAGACCCUCCGAAGACAGGACGGUGGACCUGAAUCACGAAAAGCCAUCAACCCUUCCUCAGAAGAAGCCCAAACCCCCGCCUCCUCCAGCAACACCCUCCCCUCCCACACCGCGAACCAGCGCUCCCAACUUUCCAACCGCGCCUCCAAAGUCCUCGACACCCUGCUCCUCCGCGCCUCAAUCGCAGGCCAACAUAUAAACGUCUACACGGGCACCGACUACUCCGGGAUCGAAGCCCUUCGAAAGGAGAUAACGGAACAAGAACAGAAAGUGCGCGAAUUACAUGCAGCGGUGGACAAAGCGAAGGAAGAGCACCAUGAAGCACACGCGAAGCAGACUUCCGCACAGCGGGAGAUCGUAGCGUUGUUAGAGAGGAAGAGUUCGUGGUCGCCGACGGAUCUGGAGAGGUACAUGUCUCUUGUGCGCUCGGAGCAUAUGAACGAUAUGGAUGUGCAGCAGGCCAAAGAUAAUCUCACGGCUGCAGAGAGGAGUCUAGAAGAUGCUCGGUCGCUCAUGGAGAAGUUGGAGAGGAAGCAAUAUCAUGAGGAGCAAGUGUGGAGUGAUACGAUUAGGAGGAAUAGCACUUGGGUGACGUUUGGGCUGAUGGGGGUGAAUAUUCUGCUGUUGUUGGCCCAGAUUGCCAUCUUUGAGCCGUAUAGGCGAAAGAAGAUUGUGAGGGAUGUUAAGGCUGCUCUCGACGAGAAGACGAUGACUGUGGUGCCGAGUGGGGCGGAGGCAGAGAGGCAGAUUGAUGCAGUGGUUCCGCCGAGGGAGGUUUCUGUCGAGGCGGAGAAGGAUGAUAAGACCUUGCUUGAUAGCUUGUUGCCGCCGAAAGAGGACGUUGGCGGGACACCGCUCGCCGCCGGAGAGAUGUUGCCUUCAGAAGCUGCUGACUUCGCUGGGGCGAUCCCUGUUACGAAGAGCAAUGUCGAACAAGCACCGUCUGAGAAAGGCGCUUCGAAGUCUACCCUUGAGGCAUAUCAAGAAGCGCUUCAGGAUCUAUUCAGCGAACGGAUCGUUCGGCUCAGAAAGGUCGAUGUGACCAACACAGCACUGCAAGGCGCGGCGACCGGCGUGGCCGUCAUGGGCCUUUUAUUCGUACUGUUGCGACCAAGAUGA